CUGCUGCUGCUGCCGCUGCUGGCGUUACCGCUGGCGGCCGGGGCUGACUGCCCGUGCCCGGAGCCCGCGCUCUGCCGCCCGAUCCGCCACCGCCCCGACUUCGAGGUCUUUGUGUUUGAUGUUGGGCAAAAAACUUGGAAAUCUUAUGACUGGUCACAGAUUACAACUGUGGCAGUUUUUGGAAAAUAUGACUCAGAACUUAUGUGCUAUGCUCAUUCGAAAGGAGCCAGAGUAGUGCUUAAAGGAGAUGUAUCCUUAAAGGAUAUCAUUGAUCCUACUUUCAGAGCAUUCUGGAUAGAUCAAAAACUUAACUUUGCCAAAACACAAUAUAUGGAUGGAAUUAAUAUAGACAUAGAGCAAGAAGUUAAUUGUUCAUCACCUGAAUAUGAUGCAUUAACUGCUUUAGUCAAAGAAACCACAGACUCUUUCCAUCGUGAAAUUGAAGGAUCACAGGUAACCUUUGAUGUAGCUUGGUCUCCAAAGAACAUAGACAGAAGGUGCUAUAAUUAUACUGGAAUUGCAGAUGCUUGUGACUUUCUCUUUGUGAUGUCUUAUGAUGAACAAAGUCAGGUCUGGUCAGAAUGUAUUGCAGCAGCCAAUGCUCCCUAUAAUCAGACAUUAGCUGGAUAUAAUGACUACAUCAAGAUGGGCAUUAACCCUAAGAAACUUGUAAUGGGUGUUCCCUGGUAUGGUUAUGAUUAUACCUGCCUGAAUUUAUCAGAGGAUCAUGUUUGUACCAUUCCAAAAGUCCCUUUCCGGGGAGCUCCUUGUAGUGAUGCUGCAGGACGUCAGGUUCCCUAUAAAAUGAUCAUGAAGCAAAUAAAUAGUUCUAUUUCUGGAAGCCAAUGGGAUAAAGAUCAGCAGGCUCCUUAUUAUAACUAUAAAGAUCCUGCUGGCCAUUUUCAUCAAGUGUGGUAUGAUAACCCUCAGAGCAUUUCUUUAAAGGCAGCAUACAUACAAAACUCUGGCUUACGGGGCAUUGGCAUGUGGAAUGCAAACUCUCUUGACUACUCUGGAGAUGCUGUAGCCAAAUGGCAAACUGAAGAAAUGUGGAAAGUCUUAAAGCUAAAGCUAUGAUAGAGAUGAAUAUCUUUUGCCAAACUAUUAAGAUUUAGAAAAUGAUCUGUAAAACUAGAUCUGACUUCUUGAAGAGAUUUAAAAAUGUAUACAUUUUUGACAUGUUGCUAUAUACUUUAGUUAUUAAUAUACUCAAAAACAGAUAAAGAAUUAAAGAAAUGCUUUGAUUGUUUGAAUUUUAAAAAUACAUAUUUAUAUCACCAGUAUCCAGGAACAUAAAGGCAAAAACAAGUCAAUUUACUGUAUUAAAUAUUUCUCUAUAUUUCAAUCCUAUUAUUUAAUUAGGAAAAAUUGCUUUCAGAGUUUUAUUAGGCCAAAUUUUCCCCCAUUAUAUUAAAAUAUAUGCUUACAAAUCAAUGCUGGUUUUAAAAAUAUGUAUAAGUUGAAGUGGAAAUUGCUUGCUUAGAAUGUAUUUUUUAAAAACUUAGCCUUUGAGAAACAGUUUGUGCUGCACCGUUUUUUUCUCAAUAAAUCUUAAAUUUAAAAGCUGAAA